AUGGGGUACGUCGUUGGAAAUAUCUACAUCAUCACCACGGUGGCCGUCAUUGGCGGUGCACUGUUUGGUUUUGAUAUUGCCUCCAUGUCAGCUAUUCUUGGCACCCAACAGUACAAAUGUUUCUUCAACCAAACCGGCAUCAGCGAUGGGGCGUGUGGUGGACCAACCUCAUCUACUCAGGGUGGUAUCUCGGCCGCCAUGCCAGGUGGUUCCUUUGUCGGUGCACUGAUCUCGGGUUUCAUCACGGAUUGGAUGGGUCGUAAGAUGGCUAUUCAGACUGGUUCAGUCAUCUGGUGCAUUGGUAGUGCCAUCGUCUGUUCAUCCUUCAGUAUUGGUCAACUUGUCGCCGGUCGUUUCAUCAAUGGUCUCUCGGUCGGUAUUCUUAGCGCCCAAGUCCCCGUCUACGUCGCCGAGCUGGCCCAGCCAAGUAAACGUGGACAGGUGGUGGGUGCACAGCAGUGGGCUAUCACCUGGGGUAUUCUGAUCAUGUUCUACAUCUCCUAUGGCAGUAGCUUCCUCACUGGUAACGCUGCCUGGCGUCUCCCUUGGGGUCUUCAGAUGAUCCCUGCCGUCUUCCUCUUCUUCAUGUUCUUCCUGCUUCCUGAGUCCCCACGUUGGCUCGCUAAGCAUGACCGUUGGGAGGAAGCCCACAAAGUCCUUGCUCUGGUCCACGCCAAAGGAAACGAGAACGCGCCAUUCGUCUUGACUGAGUUGCAAGAAAUUCGAGAGAUGGUUGAAUUUGAACGACAGAAUGCCGACGCCUCAUACAUUGAGCUUUUCAAGGGCCACAUGAUUUAUCGCACUCAUGUUGGUAUGUUCACCCAGAUCUGGUCUCAGCUGACCGGUAUGAAUGUUAUGAUGCUGUACAUCACCUAUGUCUUUGGAAUGGCCGGUCUGUCAGGAAAUGCCAACCUCGUCGCUUCCUCCAUUCAAUACGUCAUUAAUGUAGUCAUGACCAUCUUCGCGUUGCUCUUUAUUGACCGAUGGGGUCGUCGAACUCCACUUUUGGUGGGUUCCACCUUGAUGAUGAUCUUCAUGUUCGCCAAUGGAGGUAUCAUGGCAUCGUAUGGAGUGCCUGCGCCAAAGGGUGGUGUGGAUCAUGUCGCUGAGGAGUCUUGGGACUUGUCUGGUUCCCCAAUGGCUGCCAAGGGAGUUAUUGCAUGCACCUAUCUAUUCGUUGCCAGCUAUGCACCCACUUGGGGUCCUGUCAGUUGGAUUUACCCUCCUGAGCUCUUUCCUCUGCGACUACGUGGUAAGGCUGUGGCUGUCUCCACCGCAUCAAACUGGAUCUUCAACUUUGCUCUGUCCUACUUUGUGCCCCCUGCAUUUGAGAACAUCCAGUGGAAGACCUACUUGGUCUUCGGUGUCUUCUGUUUUGCGAUGACUAUUCACGUGUACUUCUGCUUCCCUGAGACCGCGGGUAAGACUCUCGAAGAUGUGGAAGGCAUGUUCACCACCCCCGGUCUUCGGCCCUGGAAGACCAGUGUCCAGACCCAACAGGUCCGGAAGUUGGAGCUGGGUGAGGUUCAAUCAGAGAAGAUGGCGGAGUUUCAAGUUGAGGCCGUCGGCGAGAAAGGCAAUGCUCCGGGGACUCAGACUGCGUAG